CAAACUCCUAUAUAUGUUGGAGUUAGUUUUUACUUUUUAGCGCCUAACCAAUCUUUCUUGUCACAUCUGUUUCCAUUUGACAAUAAAUCAUGGUGAUAUCAUUACAACUUGUGAAAAAAAUUGAUCUUGACCCGCCAUCCGUGCAACAUUGAAUCUUACAAAACAAGAUAAAGAUUAAAGAUGAAAUGCCAUUUGUAUAUUCAUUCUGUCAGUGUCUCCUUCAAACUUGAUUCGUUAGAAUUUUUAGACCAAAAAGUCCCCACCCCAUCCAUGAUCUAUCCCUUUCAAAAGGGUUCCCAUAUGAUAAGACCAUUAAAUAUCUAUCACCCCAUUGAAGUUGUGUCUGAAUCAGAUUAUUCCCCCAAAAUCCCCAAGUGAAAAGAAGUACUAUUACUAUUUAUUGUCAUUUGUGAUUGACUUUGGGUGCAAGAGUGUAAGAGACAGCUGAAGCAAAGCCGUAAAACCAGUACCAAAAAAAUGGCUGAACCCACCAAGGAAGCUGCAAGAGUUACAUCAAUCUUUGUAUAUCCGAUCAAAUCAUGCCGAGGAAUUUCUGUUUCUCAAGCUCCCCUAGCUUCCACUGGAUUUCGGUGGGAUCGUCAAUGGGUGGUAGUGAAUUCCAAAGGCAGGGCUUUUACACAAAGAAAUGAGCCAAAGCUUGCUUUAGUUGAAGUGGAACUGCCAAACGAAGCAUUCUCUGAGAGUUGGGAACCAAAUCAGAGCUCUUACUUGGGUAAUUACCAUGGCUUCUUGCAUAAAGAUUAAGAAAUUGUUCUCUUUUAUGUGCUUUUUACUGUCACAACCCACAGACACACUAUAAACAAGCUGCAAAACCACAUGGGCUAUAUGGUCCUGACAAUUUAAGCUGUACUUGAACCCACAGACAUACUAUAAACAAGCUGCAUUAGUAUAGAUACAGUUGCCAAUGAUAACAGAUGGAAAAAGAUUUUACUUACAGGUAAAGUGUGGAAUAAAAAUUAUUGAAGAGUGAGUGGCUCAAUAAACUUGUCUUUCUUAUCUUUUGUUUUUUAUGGGAUUGAGGAUUGGUAUAGAUGAAGGUAUUUGACCCUUUUCAUUAUAUUCAUAAUGGUAAUAAGAAGCAUGCAUGUAAGCCAUUUGUGACUAAUGAACGCAUCAUACUACAGUGGUAAGGGCCCCUGGUAUGAGUUCGCUGAAAGUUCCCUUACAUACACCGCCUGCAAUAUCUGAUGGUGUCUCAGUGUGGGAGUGGUCUGGCUCUGCAUUUGAUGAGGGAGAUGAGGCUUCAAACUGGUUUUCCAGUUAUCUUGGGAAAUCUAGCAGACUAGUGCGGUUUAAUGAAGCAUCGGAAAUAAGGAACGUGGACCGCGACUAUGCUCCUGGAUACAAAAUCAUGUUCUCUGACCUGUUCCCAUUCCUCCUCGCGUCCCAUGGAUCAUUGAAAGCAUUGAACAGUCUUCUGAAAGAGCCAGUACCAAUUAAUCGUUUUAGGCCCAAUAUUCUUGUUGAUGGAUGUGAACCAUAUGCCGAGGACCUAUGGAAGGAGAUGAGGAUCAACCAACUAACAUUCAAUGGUGUCAAAUUAUGUAGUCGCUGUAAGGUACCUACAAUUAAUCAAGACACUGCAGUGGCAAGCCCUGAGGUGAGCGAAGUUCUCAACAUCUCACGGUCAGAUCAAGUUGUACGUAAGAAGCCACAAGGGAAGCAGGUGUAUUUUGGACAGAACUUGGUUUGCACGAAUCCCCCAACUCAGGGUGGAAGGAGGAAUAUUAUAAGAGUGGGAGAUCCUGUUUAUGUCACUAAGAUGUAUCCUUCUACUGCUGAUGUCCCGGCUUGAGAGACUUGCCCCUUACACAUCAUUUUGCAGUGCUGUGUAAGAAAUCAAAAUAAGUAAUACAUGUCCAAAUGACUCAGAGAACUGGACUUCAUUUGUAAUGGUCAUUAUCUAUCGUCUCCCUCCAAAACAAUUGUUCUCUUUUGGAUUUGGGCACUAAAAUGCUUCCAAGAAUUCAUAGUUUUAUGCUACUAAUUUUAUCUCCAAUGAUUUACUACUAAUAUUCGAAAGUGAGAAUUACAAAACUAUAUUAGAUAGACCUACUAGAUAGAAAUUUAUCCUCUUAAAACGGAGUGUCAAGCCUUCGGUUUGAUUUAGACCAAGGAUUGCCAUUGCCCCAAAAUUUCAGUCUGGUUUAUGCCCUUGAUCAAUCUAAUACCCUCUGAGGUUGAAAUCGCACUAUCCAUCAAUGUCCUGUGGUAUAUAAGAAACAAUGAAGUGUGAAACGGAGAAGGGCGAGAUGCAUAAUGAAUUUCUUUCACCAACUAGAUUUCCCGGUAGCACAGACUUCUUUUGCUGAUGGUUAGAUAUCAAGAUGGAUGCUUUUGCAUUCACGCCUCUGUAUCUCCUUGAUUAUUAUAUUAUUAUUACUGAAUGUAUCUUCAUAAACAGAUUAAAAAAAAGGGAAUAUUCAGGAGACUAUUAGGAAGAUGUGUAGUGAAAUAGUGUGACUUAAACACCCAACCUUUUAGUUAAUUAUUAGUAAAGGCUUUGCAAUAAUAGAUACCGACGAUAGGCAAAAAAACCAUUCGUGCAAAAGCAAAUACAUACAAUCUCUACCAACGAUAGGCAAAAACCAUUCGUGCAAAAGCAAAUACCCAUACAAUCUCUUCUGGAUUAAAAGAACUUCAUUUUCUCUGCGAGGGUCAAAACAGCAAUAUCUUUAACUAAGCACCAUCUCAGAUGAGUUUCAACAGCCAUAAUUCAAGUACAGCAACAGAAUACUUUUGUCUUAACUAAACUGCAAAUGUAAAGAAAACCAAAAGCCAGCCCUAAGCAACCACCGCUUGAAACAAGCAUCCAUGCUUACAGGUCCUGGACGGUCAAACCUGCAGGAAUACAGAAACUUAAAAAGUAAGAUUCGCAUAAAACAAUGCACAAUAAACAUUCAUCAACAGCUAAUUUUCAAAAGCAUUUGGUGUUGCACUAUUAAGCAUUCAUAAUUCAACCUCUAACGCUUUCAUUUUCAUUUUCCGAACAGUAGAAAGACAACCGAUAAAAUCUAAAUUUUAAUGGUUAUUGCAAAACCAGAUUCUAAUAAAAUGUCUUUUAAAGGAUUCCAAGUUAGACCACAGUUGAUAGUUACCAUAUAGUAGUGCUUUUACAUCAACAAAAAGACUGACUCUAGAAAACGAGGACAUCAACACAGCCCAUAUUGACUUGAAAUAUAACUAAACCAUAAACAAUAUGUUCUAGUAAACUACUCAACCAUAAAGAGAAUCAGUUAGUUCCGAAAUCAGUUAGUUCUGAAAAGUUAUCACCAACCUGGAGGAAGUGAUUGCUUCAACUUAUCAGCCUUCUCUGAGUCAAAGACACAAAGAGUGUACAGAUACUUGGAGCAGCGAACCUUGAACUUGACAACAUCUUUGCUCCUCUUGAUCUUCACAGAGCGAGCAUCCUUCCUCCUUGCAGUGAGGAGGAAAUCCUUGAUUUCAUGUAUUUGCUUCGGCUGAGAUCACAAAGAAAAAUGAUCAACCAAUGUGAGAUGCUAGUAAGUAGCAAAAGCAUACGGAAUCUUACUAACCCCCCCCCCCUAAAACCAAAAACAGCAGUAAUGGCUUUAGGCAUCUCACAUCCUUAAAUUAUUAAAAUUUCCAAAUCAUGGCCCUUUUUCUCUUUUCACUACAGGACUUUAGACCAUCUUACAAUUAACUCUGUACAAUACCAAGUCUCGAUAAUUCAAACCCACAAACUCAAAAGUUAAUAAAGCACCCAAGGUAUUUCUAAGCCAGUAAUCCACAUAAACUAGAUGGAGCAUGGCCAACUCCGAAAAAAGUAGUGUCAUAAACUUCAAAUACUAAACUUAUUCAAGGUCUAGCAAAACUACUACAUGAAUGGAGUUUCACAAUCAAGAACGGUUGCAAUUAACUAAAGACAUGUUCAAACAAAUGGGAACAAACAACUGAUAGUAAGAAUGCAGAGCAUCAAAUCAAAACCAAGUACAAAUAAACAAAAAUAACACAAACAGUUGAAAUCCCUCCAGGUCCAGAUAUUCCAGAAGCAACACCAAACAUUAAGAAAAUAUGAAGACCAUUUCAAAUUUCGUUUCUUGUCUUUAAAAAACAAUAAAACUUUUCAAAAACAUAAAUAACAAAUCGAACAGAACGUCAGUCAAUUUUGAACUCGAGUAGAAACAUCCAAAUACACCUAGACAUGAGCCAUUCACACAAAUUUAAAUAAAGAUCCACCGAUACGAUUCAUCAAAUACUCAAAGAAAAGAAACAUAUCACGGUAUUUCAAACAGAGAAAUCAAAAUGCAACAAUUUCUUUACAAUUUACGCGGUAGAUCAGAUAAACAAGCAACGAAAUACAGAGAAGCGGUUACAGAUCAACAAUGAAACAACCAAAGUAAGGCGGAAAUGGGCAGAGAGGAAGAUGGAGUACCAUUGGUAGCAGCUAGGGUUUUGCACUCAGAGGUUUCUUCUUAGCCAGCCGCUGCUGUUCUUUCGCAAAUGGGUGGAAGUGGACUAUUUAUAUAGGCGCUUUAAAACCCUAGUAUCCCCCUUCUUUUGUGCUUUCCCGGUUUUACCCCCACCCUUUAUUUAUUUG